UUUCUUAAAAAAAAACGACUAAUAAUAAAGAAAAAGUUCGCAAAAAAAAAAAAGAAAAUAAACUCACUUUUUCCAUAUAUCAACAGUUCUGUUCUACUAAUAUUAAAAAAAAUCAAUUUAUCGAUGUUUCAACUCUUCCUGCCUGUAAUGCAUAAUAAGAGAAUUGCCAAAUGGGGAAGAGUUUAUUCCAUCGAGGGAGAAUAACUUUUAAUCUUACCCUUGCGAUAAAAAUUGGAAAAAAUGGCGCAAGCGCAUCCAUGUCUUAGAAUAAUUAUCAAUCUACAAACUCUCAGUAUGAAGAGAGCUUUUGAGCUCGAACGAAGAAACGAUUAUGUCCUCUGUAAAAAUUGAUCAAGAUUACAAAAGUAACGUAAAUUUUAGCAUUAAAUAUAGCCGUCGUAUUUCAAAAAUGAUCGGCUUAUGGCCUACUUUCGAUAAAGUUUCAACAAUACACAAAUAUCUUCGACUGUUAUAUAAUACCAUUUGUUACUGUUUGUUAAUGUUUAUCAUUGUACUUGGAUGGAUGUACAUAGCUUUCGAAGUGAAAAACAUAUACGACGGAUUAAAAUUCGUUAGUCUAAUGAGUUUCUGCAUGUUAUCGAUCACAAAGUAUCAUUUGAUAAACAUUCACAAAGAUGACGUUCGUGAGUGUGUCAAACGUAUGGAAUGGGAUUGGAAAAAUAUAUCUUACUCAGAAGAUAGAGACAUUAUGCUAAUGAACGCAAAUUUUGGAAAGAGAUUGAUCAUUGUUACCACCACUGUCACGUACAGUGGUUUUGUCUUUUUUUAUAUAGCUAUACCGAUGAAAAUUGGAAAAAUUCCAGCACAAGAUGCUAAUAUCAGUUUCAUACCCACGAUGUUUCCUUUCCCGAAGUACAUUGCUGAUGUUCGAUACAGUCCAGUAAACGAAAUUGUAUUUUUCUUUCAAUUUAUGUGUGGUUUCUUGGUGCAUGGUGUGACAUCAUCAGCUUGCAGUUUGGCUGCCAUAUUUACAGUUCACGUUUGUGGCCAGAUACAGGUGAUGAUGAUCUGGCUGGAACAUUUGAUAGAAGGUCGAUUAGACAUGUGUUAUAACAUCGAUCAGCGAAUCGCCAAGAUCGUGAGUCAACAUGUUCGAAUAUUGAAAUUUUUAUCACUUAUUGAAAAAAUUCUUCAACAAGUAUCUUACAUGGAAUUUUUAGAAUGUACAGUAAAUGUUUGUCUUCUUGGAUAUUGUGCCAUCAUGGAGUGGGAAUCGAAUCAUCUAACAGAAGUCGCAACAUAUAUUAUAAUACUUAUAACGAUUAUAUUCAAUAUUUUUAUAUUUUGUUACAUAGGGGAACUUUUGGCAGAUCAGUCUAGGAAAAUAGGAGAAGUAACGUACAUGAUUGAAUGGUACCGAUUAUCCGGAAAGAAAAAGCUAUGCUGCGUAUUGAUAAUUGCAAUGUCCAAUUCAUCUAUGAAAUUAACAGCUGGAAAUUUAAUCGAAUUAUCAAUGAGUACUUUCUCUGAUGUAAUUAAAACAUCGUUUGCUUUCUUAAAUGUAUUGCGAACAUUAACUUAAGCAUUUUUUGAAAUGCAAUAUAAUGUAAACUAUAUUUAUAAACUUUAUUAUAUUUACUAUUCCAAAAAUUAAUAUUUUUUUCAUUAAAAACUAUAGCUUUAGUA